UUUGGUCGGACUGCAGUCCAGCCCCUUGAGUGACAGAUCAGGACCAAGCUCGAGUUUCCUUUUUGGGUUGCUCGACAGCAGACUGCUACUCACUACCUCUUGGUCGGUAGCAAUCGCACCCACUCUCACCCGACAUGCUUAACGCCGACGACCGCCUCCUGACUGUGGAUCUCGCGAACGUUAUCUUAAUACUCAGUCCUGGCUUGAAACCUCUGUACUCGACUCUUCUCGGCGGCAAAGCAGUCCACAAGGGAUAGUGCGAUAAUAUAUUACAAGUCGCGCUGCUAAAUGUGGCUGAACCAAAUUCAAUUCCUCGGCCUAUUCGGCUGCAGCUAUAUCCCGUGAAGGCUUCAUGGGAGAUGCUAGACAUCAAUAGAUCCGCAUCGUUGGACCCAAAAGCACUCGCCGAAGCAUGCCCGGAACAAAAACUCUUUACCCAGAAGGUGGGAUCCCUGUUCACGGUAGCGGAGUAUUGCAAGGCCAAAUCCAGUCUCUUUUACGUGCCGAGCACAUACAGUCGUGGGAUUGUGGAUUUGUUCCCUGCGCGUGGCUUCAGAGACUGGUACAUGUCAUGCUACAGGUCUGACCCGGUCAACUUUCU